CCAAAUGAAACGUCUAAAAUACAAAUAUCACGUGACCGCUCGGCUCCAGUCUAAAGUUCUUAAGCUAAUUAAGGGAAAUAUGGAUGGGACAACACGUGAAGCGAUGAGUCAAGUUCAGGGUAUCCCAUUACCAGAGCGGGUGGUGAAGUACUGGGCAAGAGUGGAGCACUUCCAGGCAUCAAAAGAGGAUUUGCUCAUUGCCACAUAUCCUAAAGCAGGAACCACAUGGACACAGGAAGUAGUGGAUACCAUCCUGAAUGAAGGAAAUGUGGAAAAGUGCAGGCGCGCGCCCACUCAGGUGCGCAUGCCCUUCUUAGAGAUGACCUCUGCAGACGGUUUAAAUGCUGGUAUAACUAAGCUGGAGGUUAUGGAUCCGCCUCGUGUUAUCAAGACUCAUCUUCCUAUCCAACUUGUGCCUUGUUCUUUCUGGGAGGCUGGUUGCAAGGUUAUAUAUAUGGCCCGUAAUCCGAAAGACACCGUGGUUUCAUAUUAUCAUUUUGACCGCAUGAAUCUUAACCAGCCAGAGCCCGGCACUUGGCAACAAUAUCUGGAAAAGUUCAUGACAGGGCAAUUGGGUUGGGGAUCCUGGUAUGACCAUGUUAAAGGAUACUGGAGGGAAAGGCAAAACAAGAAAAUCCUUUACACAUUCUUCGAAGACAUGAAAGAGGACCCUGUUCGUGAAGUAACCCACAUUGCUCAAUUCCUCGGAAAGCAGUUAUCAAAAAGUGCGAUAGAUCGCAUUGUGCAAAUGACUGCUUUUUCUGCUAUGCGAGAAAACCCCAUGGCAAACUACUCAACUAUCCCAGACACAAUCUUUGAUCGUACCGCCUCGGAGUUCAUGAGAAAAGGUGAGGUUGGUGACUGGAAGAAUCACUUCAAUGCAGAAGAGGAUGCUACUUUUGAGGAACAUUACUGCAAAUUAAUGGCUGACUGUCCUAUUCCAAUACGGUUCACAAUAUGAAAGAUUCACAGGGAGUGU